UCUAUAUAUUUUACAUCUAUUGGCGGUUUCUUUAAGAGCGUAUUGCCUAAUUACCACUCGGGACUGUGGCGCCCUUCACUCUACAAUGCUCAUCCGGAGGAUUCAUCGAGCCGCGGCAUGGGCGACGCCUCUGUUGCGACAUCCAACCGUAGGGCAAACCAUGGAGCUUGGAGUCAGCAGGCUGCAAGUUGGGUCCUCUUGUUACUGCACAACGAUACAAGAUCAAAUGUGUCAACAGCUUGCUGAUAAAGAUAGAAAAGAUAAGGAUGUUAACAGUAGUAAAGCUUUGGGCCACAUUUCAGAGCAAAAUAUUGGAGACAUUAGAAAGCACCAAAUUGGGAAAAACAUUUCACGGAAAGACAAAAUUCACUUUCUUGUAAAUACGCUGCUUGAUCUGAGAGAUAGUAAGGAGGCUGUUUAUGGUGCUCUUGAUGCCUGGGUUGCAUGGGAGCAAGACUUUCCAAUAGCACCCCUUAAGCAUGUAUUGGCUGCCCUUGAGAAGGAACAACAGUGGCAUAGAAUUGUACAGGUAAUCAAAUGGAUGCUAAGCAAGGGCCAGGGAACCACAAUGAAUGUCUAUGGGCAGUUAAUACGGGCUUUAGACAUGGACCAUCGAGGGGAAGAAGCACACAAAUUUUGGGUCAUGAAGAUUGGUUCGGAUCUUCAUUCAGUUCCCUGGCAAGUGUGCAGAAGCAUGAUGGCAAUAUACUACCGAAAUAAAAGGCUAGAAGACCUUGUAAAGCUUUUUAAGGAUCUCGAAGCCUUCGGACGUAAACCCCCAGACAAAUCAAUAGUUCAGAGGGUUGCAGAUGCUUGUGAGAUGCUAGGCUUGCUUGAAGAGAAAGAGAGGGUACUCGUAAAGUACAAAUACCUUUUUGAUGAGAAGGAAGGACCCAUGAAGAAAUAUAAGAGGAUUUCGUUUGAAAAAUCAAAGAGAAAACGAAAAUCAACAAAGGGCACUGAAGACAAUAGCAACCUUGUGAAGUCUGAAUGAACGAAAGAAACAGAUGACGCCUGCUGCUAUUGCUGUCAAAAUUCAAAUAGAAGAAAUCAUCUGACUGGUAAAACAAAAAGAAUCUGGCACCACUCUUGUACUAGUCACAAUGCAUUAGGUCAGUACAAAACUUUAGUUAUAGCAAGAGUUCCAUGGAUGAGAAUGAGUUUCUUUUGUUCUCAUUCUUCACAUGGAAAGGCAAAUCAAGUUGCUUUUUGUUUUUCUCCUAUUUUACUAAGCCCAAAUGUUUUAGGGAAUGCAUUAAUUAUGGUUUAUUCUUUAAAGGAAGAGUCUCCAGGUGGAUGAAUUGACAAAAUAUGAAGAGCCGGUUGAAAUUAUAGCGAAAAAAAAAAAAAAAAAACGGAAUUAAUAAGUUUUAUAGCAAAUUUUCUAACUUGCACUU